UGGGGGGGGGGGGGGUUACUGUGAUCCAGAAAAGGAAGGUUCUUCCUCGUUUCUGCGACCUCCAACGUCCCCCCCACCCGACGCGCGUGCGUGUUUGUGCGCGCAGCCUCGGCAGCUCCCAGACGCGCAGACAGACAGACGGAUCGACAGACGAGACACCCCCGCAUAGUUUCCGUCAGCCCGGUGACGUCUCCGCCUCUCGUGCCUGUGACGUGCGGGGCUGCGCGGAGCGUCUCGCCGCAUCUCGUUCAGGACCCGGGAGGCGCGCGGACGACCGUCACGGCUCAGGCCCCAGAAGAACUGAAAGCAUCAUGACCUCCUACCAGAAGCUCCGCCUAUUUUAGGACCCGUUUACCACGAGCGCUCAGGAUGGCCGGCACCAGCGUGAAGACGCCCUUCAAGGACCUGACCUCCUUCAAGGGCAGCAUGAAGCGGCUGUACCGCGAGCGCAUGGAGGACGCCCCCAUCAAGAAGAGGGUGAUGGCGGAGAUCCACUUGAAGCGCCGCUGCUUGGACUCCUUCCCCAAAGCCCCCAAAGUGAAGAGGGAGCAGGAGGAGGCGCUCCACGACGCCGAGGGCCGUUCUGAGCUGCAGGCCGCCGGCGCCGCCAGCGCCCUGGACCUGAGUCCGGGACUCAAACACACGCUGGCGCAGUUCACCCUCAGCAGCCAGAGCUCCCUCGGGGGCCCGGCCGCCUUCUCGGCCCGCACCGGCCCCGAGCAUUCCGCUGCCGGUUUGCCCCCUUUGCCCUCCCCGCCCGUUUUGGGAGGGGGGCCCCUGCUGGUUCCCUGCGACAGCUCCACCGAACUCACCCACUCCCUGCUGGAGGGAGAGUCCAUCUCCUGCUUCGUGGUGGGGGGGGAGAAGCGGCUGUGCCUGCCGCAGGUGCUGAACUCGGUGCUGCGGGACUUCUCGCUGCAGCAGAUCAACACCGUCUGCGACGAGCUGUACGUGUACUGCUCCCGCUGCGAUGCCGAGCAGCUGCACAUCCUGAAGGUGCUGGGCAUCCUGCCCUUCAACGCGCCGUCCUGCGGCCUCAUCACGCUGACGGACGCCCAGCGGCUGUGCAACGCCCUGCUGCGUCCCGGCGCCGUCCUGCCCCCCGACCCCAGCGGGAAGCUGUCGGUGCUGAAGGAGAGCGAGACCAGCUUCCAGGUGGAGCACCAGUGUCUGGGCAUGUGUCAGGGCCUGUUCGCGCCGCAGUUCUACAGCCAGCCCGAGGCGCCGUGCAUCCAGUGCGUGGAGUGCCAGCUGCUGUUCUCGCCCCAGACCUUCGUCAUGCAUUCGCACAAGUCGCCCGACAAGAGGACCUGCCACUGGGGCUUCGACUCGGCCAAGUGGCCCUGCUACCUGCAGCUGGCCAGGAAGUACCAGGGGACCGCCGAGGAGCCCAAGCUCAAGCUGCUGCUGGACGAGGUCAAGGAGAAGUUCAACUACCAGCUCCGGAGAUCAGCGGACAAAAAGACGGGGGAGGAAGAGGAGGGCCGCGUGAGGAAGAACUCUGCAGAUCUCUGCUCUGUUAAUAAGUUGGACGAUGCUGAACCUGCCAGAAAGGGUAAACCGUCUCCCCCCGCUCUGCUCUACAGCCAUGUUUUCCCAGACAUCAAGGAGGAGCCAGGACCCCCCACCCUGGUCCAUCCCAGUUACUACCUGUACACCUACGAUAAGAUGGUGGCGCCCAACGUGUCCCUGCGGAGGGAGGCGGAGGUGAACCCCGACAUGCUGGGGGCGCUGCUCAGACAGCACUACGGCCACAGAGCCCCGGACGAGCCCCCAGUGGGUCUUCACGCGUCGCCCCCCCUCACAGAGGAGGCCAAACCCCGCUGUGCCGGAGCCGCCUCGGCCACCGAGUGCCAAAGCCCGGCAGUUUCCAUGGAGACCGGCAGCCCGGGCUGCAGGAAAGCCGCCCACAUCCCCCCCCACAGGCUUCCUCCCCCUCCUGUGCCGCUGUUGUCCUCGGUAACGGAAGCAACGGACACAAAUUCUUCCACGGGCGGCGCUGCGGCGGCCGGGGGGGGUCCGGAGGACGACAAGGACAGGAUCGUGGUGGAGAUCAUCCAGAUGUACAGCCGGCAGCAGGAGAAGCUCAACUCCACGCUGCACAAGCAGCUGCAGCUGGAGAUGGAGCUGGAGGCGCUGCGGGGGGGCGAGGCGGCGCGGCUGCGGGAGCUGAGCGCAGAGCAGCGGGAGCUGCGCAGCGAGCUGGAGGCGGUCCACAGCGAGCAGACCCGGCAGCUCAGCCAGGCGCGCCAGGAGCAGCUGGAGCUGGAGACGCGUCUGGAGCAGCUCCGCCAGCAGGCCUGCGCCUGCGAGCCGGGGGCCCAGCGCCAGCAGGAGGCCCACUACGCCGCGCAGGAUUCUGGUCGGCUCUGCCCUCCGAAGCGUUCUGGUUUUCGUCCCGCUGAACCCCUUCUCCUGUGCCCCCCCCAGCUGUCGGAGCUGCGUCAGAGGCUGGAGCGGGCCGAGGCCGACAGGCAGGAGCUGCAGGAGGAGCUGCGCAGGGAGCGGGAGGCCCGGGAGCGGCUGGAGCGCACCAUCGCCCAGCUCAAGCAACAGAUGGCGCAGACCGGCCUGAUGGGAGGCAGCCCCUCUCCUCCUCUAACCCCCUCCACCGGCCCCCCAACCACCCACUCCCCUCCCUCCUCCUCCUCUUUGGCUGAGCCUCCCAUGUCUGGCCAAAAGUAGCUGCUCCUCCUCCUCCCCCCCGUUCUGCCGACUCAACGGACAAACAGAUCCUGAAGCAGAAGGGAGCUUUCAUCUUGCCCCCCCCCCCAUUUCAGCAAUGACUUUUAUUUUGAAAUUUGACUUACUGUUGUUUUUCUUUCUACUUCUCUCUGAAAAUAUUUAAAGAUUUGUGGGCAUGUAUGUUUGAAUUAACUUAUAGUUUCUACUGAACAAACCGCUGCUUGACAGACAGGAAGUGACAGACCAAUCACUGACCCCGCUCUGCCCCCCCACUCUGGUAUUUCUGGAGUGAGACUUGAUUUUGGACAUCAGCCCCUCCCUGACUGAACGCAGACGCAGGGAAGGGUCACGUCUGUUUUUCUUUAACCAGCAGCGACGGAACAGACGAUUUACUCGUUUCUACAGAUGCCGUCAAUCAUCACGAGGAGCCACGCCCUCUCCCAUGUGGGAGGAGCCAUCAGUGAUGCUUGAAGUGACUGCUCUAGUGGCUCCCUCCCCCUGAAUCAUUAGGGUCUGGAUUCUCGCCUCGGCCAGGCAGCGCUGGACUCCUCCCCUCACGUCACCGCCUGAACCAGCAGCCACGCCCACAUUAGUGCCAAAGCUGGUGCUGCGCGCCGCUGUUUCUACGUUUAUCCAUAUCAUGAUCCUUUGCUGCCCCCCACCCCCCAAACUUCACAGCCGAAGCCGUUAGUCCAACCUUUUGGGUUCUCCCCCCAGCUUUCCGCCUGGCUGAACAAACAUCCCCUGCCAGGGAAGAGGGGAGGGGGGCACUGGGGGCCCCCCAGUGCAUGCUGGGUGGCCUGGAUGCUGCAGAGGAAGCCCUUUUUGUUGCAGAAUAAGGGUAGCUGCUGUUGUGGGGGCCCUCCGCUCACCCUUGGGUGGCAAUGCUGUGGGUCCCCCCUGCUCUCUGCAUCCUCUCCCACAGUCAUUCACCCAGCUGGGGGGGGGGCUCGGCUCAGGAGAGCAGGAAGACAUCCAGUCUGAAAAAAAGCGGCCUUUUGUGGCGCCGGCUGCAGCUCCGUGUGUAAAUAACGGCGUAACGGGACGCUCAGCUUUUUUAUGCAUCUGCUGAUAAUGCAGACUGAUAGACGUCCCACUGUGCUCCAUCCUGGUCCUCCCGGCCCCCCCUCAGUGACAGACCCUGAACGGGGAGGGAGGUAUGGAGGCCGGUGCUGGAGAAGAAAACCCAUAAACUCGAAACCUUUAUUCUAAUAAUGAAAGAAGAUAUUUAACGCAUUAAUGAAAGAUUUAUACUGUCUUUGUAAAUACAAUAGUCCUAAUAUAUUAGCUGUUCUUCUAUAAAUCAUUUCAGGAGGUCAGAAUCUGGACCAGAACCUCAUGCUUUUCUACACAAACCCACUGCGGAUGGGGAUGGGGGGGGGGGGUCAUCAGAAAACAGCCAAAUAGGAAAAUGAGACCCGGUUCCGCCGCCCUCCUCCUCCUCCCGUGUUUCUGAACUGAUGCAACUGUUUGGUGGAUUUGUAUCUUAGCAGAGUUUUUAAAGUGUAGUGCAAGGCUUUUCGCUCUUUGUUAAAAAGCCCCGCCCCCAGAGCCGCGUUGCAGAAACUGUAUUUCAGGAAAGACAAAUGUCCCAUUGUUUGCAUGUUCCGUUGCCCUUCAUCUCGUCUCAGAGCCACUCUUCGUCUGUUUUUAGCCAAAAAAAAAAAGAAGAAUUUUUUUUUUGUCGGGAAGGCUCACAUGCAUGAAUCUAAAGCUGUACAUUUUAACCCUUAACGGUUCUAUAUCCAGCCUGAGGGAGUCUAAGCUCCUUUAAUUGGAUGUCCUUUGUGUGGGGGGGUCAUUGACCUCUGACUGAAGCAAAACAUCUAUAUCAGUAUUAGUGAAAGUUCACAUCUUCCCCUCUAAAGAAACUCAGAUAUUUGUCCACUCCAACACGAGCAGACGUGUAGAAAAAUACAUUUAUUUUUUGUUGUUUUACGCUGAAAAUUGUUUGCAUUUGUUACGGGGGGGGGUCUCUCCUCUGUGUGCAGUGCAGAUAUUCCCCGGGACACGGAUCAGUACAAACCAGUCCCACAGGAUCUUUGUGUGUGCGGGGGGGGGGGGCCGUCAUCUCCAGCCUCUGGAGGGGCAGCGAUGGGGGGUGGGGGGGGGUGGAUCACACGUAUCACUGUUUACUGCAUUUUCAUUGAACAUAUCCAGAUAAAGAUGGAUGGACCCCCCCUCUGCGGCGUCAGAACUCCAGUUUGACGAGAGUUUGGUUCUUGCAUGAAUAGAGACACUGUUCUCCUACCUCAUGUUGUGAUAUAAGAUGUUUUUUAAACCCAGGACACCGCAUCUCUAACUGUCCAUCAUCCAUACUGACUAGUAGAGCCUGUAAAAGCUUUUAGCCGAUACCUCAGUUGUAUUUAAUGUUUGCUCAUAUGUUCCUCCUGGUUUGAGACGGUGUAAAUAAACCCUGUAUAGACGAUGAACUUGGAUCCAAUUCAAGUAAAGUUCUGUAGUGUCAAGGCC